AUGUCCCUUAAGCUGCCACGGAACUGGGAUUUCAACCUGAAAAUGGAUGCUGCAAAAAUAGGUACCGGCUGCCUGUCUCUCCAGGGAAGCACCAUCAAGGAGGUGGCCAGCAACCCAGAGGAAGGAGGAAAAUUUAUCUUCGAAAUCAUCCCAGGGGUCUCUGGAGACCAGACCCGGGCAGGACAGGACACCUGUGUGCUCAUGGCUAAUUCCCAGUCUGAGAUGGAGGAAUGGGUUAAAUCCAUCCGACGAGUGGUGGGGGCAUCUUCAGGAGCCGUGUUUGGCCAGCGCUUGGCAGAGACCAUGGCUCAUGAGCAGAAAUUUGGGCAGCACCAGGUGCCCAUCCUGGUGCAGAAGAGUGCUGAGUUUAUCCGGGAGCACGGUGUGAGUGAGGAGGGCAUCUUUCGCCUGCCUGGCCAGGACAACCUGGUGAAGCAGCUCAGGGAUGCCUUCGAUGCUGGGGAAAGGCCUUCGUUUGACAGGGACACAGACGUGCACACCGUGGCCUCUCUGCUCAAGCUCUACCUGCGGGAGCUCCCCGAGCCCGUCGUGCCCUGGAUGCAGUACGAGGAUUUCCUGCUGUGUGGCCAGACCCUGGAUGCAGAUGAGAGAAAGGGCCAUCAGGAGCUCCUGAAGCAACUGUCCCUUCUUCCCAGAGACAACUACAACCUCCUCAGCUAUAUCUGCAGGUUUCUACACGAAAUACAGUUGAACUCUAGUGUCAACAAGAUGAGUGUGGAUAACCUGGCAACAGUGAUUGGAGUCAACCUCAUCAGACCCAAGAUAGAGGAUCCUGCAAUUAUUAUGAGAGGCACGCCACAGAUCCAGAAGGUGAUGACUGUGAUGAUAAGUGACCAUGCAAACCUCUUCCCCCCAUCCAAGGAUGUGCCACCCUCCCCACCUGCUCAAAAAGAUGACAAGAAAGCCCCCAUCCCACGCAGCUCCGUGGGCUGGGACACUGCAGAGGACCCUGUGGUGCCCAGGGCAGACAGCUCAAUCCAAAGGCAAAUGAGAGACGACCCAAGUUCCAGCAGUGCCCCCGGACCAGCUGCCAGCUCAGCUGCACCCAGGGAAGAUAACGGCUCCAAACACACCCCGGGAGCGUGGAAAACACAGGCAAGGAAAAGAACCCAGACUUUACCUAACAGGAAAUCCUUCCUGACACCUGCUCCUCUGGGGGAGAAAGGCAGCAAGGACAGAAAUGGCAUCUUUGCCAGUGACUUUUGGAAGAGCUCCCCGGGGAGCAGCGCGGGCCCCGAGGGGCACAAGAGAACCUUGUCCCAUGAUCUGUUUAAGCUGCUCGACCUUCACCGGGCUCCCACCCACGAGAACGUUCCCACCCCCCAGGCAGAAAGUGGGGAAGGCAGCUCCAGCCCCUCCAGCAGCAGCUCUGAUAAGGAGUUUCUACCCUGCCCCAGUCCCAGCCAUCAGCCAAAGGAAAGUGCCAGUCCCACCAGCAGCCCUGCCGAGGUCUCCAAGCCUGAUCAGGAGAGCAGGGAGUUCCUGCAAAACAUGAUCCUGAAGCUGGAGAAGGAAAUGGAGGCACAGAAAAAUGACUACGAGGAGCAAAUUAAAAGUCUUGAGAAGGAAAACUAUGAAGUCUGGGCCAAAGUGGUGAGGCUGAAUCAAGACAUCGAGAGGGAGAAGAAGAAGUCUGAGGAACUGGAGCUGAAGCUGCUGAAUCUGGAGCGCUCACGGGAGGACACGGAGAAGAAAAACAAGAUGCUUGAGGAGGAGAUAAGAAACUUAUCUAAAUCCACGAGCAAAACUGAUGCCAAAACCAACUAG